AGGACAGCCCCCUCAAUACUGAUACAUUUUCACAGAAAUUAGGAUGUAGUUUGAAUCCGGGUGUCCUGAAGGGAGUACAUCUGAGACCCAUUGUGAGUUGAUGAUAAUUCUCAGUCAUUCUAUAGCAUGGCAUCACCAAAUUGUUUCGGAAACUCGGCGGUAAUGCAACAGAUCCUAGAAGCUCGGCCGUUCUUUAUAGUUUGCGGAGACCUUACUUCACCUCGUCGAUGGUGACUCCGGGUGAUUUUGCAGGCAUUCGUGGCUUGCGCUGACGUAGGCCUAUACCUGAGUGGACGUGUUGGCUUCGGAUCCUUUCGCGAAGUCGAAAACCGAGUGUAGUUGGUUGGGCUGAUAACGGCCACUCGGACAUAUAGCUUACCGUUCACUCUAUUAUAUAUGUCGGGAAAAGCUCAAAUCCGACGUUGGUCGCAGGGAUAAAUCCGAACGCACUUGGUUGGACGUGUCGGUUUUAAAUCACCUCGUCGAACACUGCAAGCAGGACGUAGGCCAGGCUGAAGAAGCAAUAUGCUAGCCGUCCGCAUUGAAGCGAAGCAUUCAGUGUGACAUGCACGAAGAGACAGAGCGAUGUCAUUCCUAUUAAUAGAGAGCAACAGGUGAACUGUUGUCGCAGCCUGAGUACCAGAACCAACUGCAAGCUUGUCACAGGCCAGUAAUGCUUGGAAAGCUGUCUCCGACAGAAACCUGGAAAAAAGAAAUCGGCGGGCUUAGUUUGCCUGUAACAGUCCAUGCAGAAGACUUUAAUAAAACCAGUGCCAGAAAUCAUUUUGGCUAUCGAAAAUCAGAAAAAAUAAAUAAAAAUGGACAGACAAACGCACCAGUCUUGGAGUGAUGAGGGUACCAGGACAGUCGGUUCCCCCCGCACGACGGAGGCUGUUCGGAUUGCGCAGGGGACCAGUGAGAAAGCCUUACCCCAGUACACACUGGAUGAGGUGGGGGACCAUUGGGAAGCCAAGUCCUGUUGGGUUGUUCUCUUCGACCUCGUCUAUGAUGUCACCGAGUUCUUGCAUCAGCACCCUGGUGGAUCCGAGAUAUUAUUGGAGCAUGCAGGACAUGACUCCACCCGGGCGUUCCAAGGGAAAGGUCACUCCGAAGAAGCCCACAAGUUGCUGGAGAAAUACUGCAUUGGCCAGCUCGUCUCGAGUGAGCGAAUCUAUUGAAGGGGUUGCCAAAGCGCCCUCUAUUCAGGGAUGUCUUAGACUGACAGGCAGGAAUUAUUCACGUGUGCAAUCAUGAAAAGACACCAAGGAUUCAAUAACCUCAGUAAAGUUAUAAUUACUAGCAUUUUUGUAUCAGGGUAAUAGCUUUUGACAAAUAAUGUAUUUUGUAAAGUUGAUAUUGUUUAAAUUUGGUCGCUGGUUAUUCCCUAGCAUUCAUAAAUACCUAAGACAGUUUACGCAUUCCUAUUGGUCGAGAGCCCGUCACGGAUGAUAAAGACAUGGCUAGCUGGUCUUAAACACUUUUCCAGUGUC